CUUCAUCCCCCUCAUUUUUUUUCUCUUUCUCUCCCAUUAGGCUCGAUCCCUUUGUGUCUGUACCAAUCUCUUAUCCUCUCUUAUUCAAAGAACCUCUUCUUCAAUGGACUUUCUCUGAAAACUCAAAGCAAACCGAGCUUAAAAAUAAUGGCGAUGUCUCAUCUCUUCCUUUCUUCACCUCGACCUUCACUGGCUCUGCGACUACACUCGACCCAGGCAUAUACUUAUCAGUAAAUUGGAUCAGUUUCAAUCAACAGAAUCGUGACUUAGAGUUCACGUUGAGCUGCAAUAAAGAUUGUACCUUUAAGUGUGCAAAUGAAGCUAAAGUAUCAAAGAGAUCAUUCCUCCUCUGUCGUGCAAUUCAUAUGGAAUCUGGACAUUCAGGGGAACAACCAAAGAAGCUUAAUUUCGAUAAUCUGUUGAGGAAAACUAAACAUGUUUGGGAUAAUUCUCCACAACCGGUCAAGGAAUUCCCUUGGAAUAGAGCAUUUGAAAACUUUAUACAGCUUGUUCUUGAUCUCGCUAUAUCAGUCGUUAAGUUCUUGUUCGUUCCUAUAUUGGCGGUUUCUUCCAUUAGUGAAAUGUCUUAUUGUGCUCAUGAGAGGAAACUUGCUUUAGUCCCGUUUCCGUUAGUCAUCGGUAUGGUUGUUGCUGGCAUUCUACAAGAAACCGCUUUGAAGAUCUCUCCUCGUCUUAAGGAAGCGGAAGUACCGUGGCAUUUGAUAGCUAUGAUGAUGUUCUUCACUCUGAUUAAGCUUCCUGGACCGUACUAUCCAUAUUGGGGACGUUUAUUUGUUCCUCAUUUUGCAAAUGGAGUAUUGUUUAGAGCACUUUGGUCCAUGUUCUUUUGGUAUAAGAAGACUAGAAACACAUCAGGAAAUACUCUGCAGAAUCACAGUUUGGAAACAAAAUGAGCAUCUUCAUCUAAAGGAUGGUGGUUUUUUUGGUGCCUAGUGGUCAUUAUGAUUAGUUUCGGGGAUUAUCUGGAACCCUCGCGGAUUAGUGUUCGGGCAUAGAUAGGAGCUUUCUUCUUAUUUUUUUUCUCUCUUCAAUCUCAGAGAAGUUGAGGUCAAUGAGUUAACAACAUCUUUUAGGCCAUAGAAUUGUUUUGUUUUGUGUUCCUUCUUUGGAAGAUUGUCACAGUUCUUGUGAAAACCGUUGUUAUUUGGGUAUGUAUUUGUAUCUUGAGUUUUUGUUUUUGGUCUUGACAAAAUUUUAUAAGAAACCAACCCUUGAUUUCACAAUUGUUGACUGUGUAGAAGUUAGUAGGCCUCGACUGUUUGGUUA